AUGGAUGCACUCAGGGACUACUUUCGCCAAGGCAAGAUGCCUCCUGAGGGUGUAUUCAGAUCAAGCAUGGCCGACAUCAUGUCCUCUGAGAAUACCUCAAAGCCUCCCAACAAGAAGCGACGACUCGAGACGGUCGCCUCCGACUUCCUUGAUGAGGAUGAUGGUGAUGAUGUUGAUGAUGAAGAUGAUGAGAAUGACGGGCCUGACAAGCUUGAAGAGCACGAUGAGCAGAACGCCCGAUUGGAGAAUACGGUCCAGCGAUGUGUGGCACUCAUCCGUCGAUCGCUUGACGAAAUGGCCCAAGAGACUGAGGCCUCGCAGUCUGAAAUCGUGUCAGAUCUCGAGGAUCAGCUCGCCAAGAUGACUUCAAAGAAAGAUUACUACAAGAAACGCGUCAUUUCGCAAGAGAACAAGAUGGCCUCAAAGAACGACAAGCUGAGGCAGCAGGAGCAGGAGAUUCUAGCAUUGAAGGCAGAGGUCCAAUGGCACAAGCAAGCAACAUCGCAGGCCAUGCGAGAUCUCCAGCAUUUGAGCGGCCAGGCGUUUUACACCAGAAACGAGAUGCUUCGACUUCUCAAUGUCGUUUAG